AUGGCUCUAAUAUGCAUUGCUUUGAUUCUUGCGUCAACGGGUCUUGGUAGCCCGAUAUCUGGGCGCUCGCAAGACCGCCGACGCCCCAUAAUGCUCGAUAGCUCCGGAGGCUUCAACGUUGGAGGUAAAAUCAUCUCUGACCCCAGGUUCCCCAACCUUACGCUUUCGUGCGACCAUGGAUAUAUGGAAUACUUCAUCCCUUAUACGCCACGAAAGACGAGUCUCGUAAUGUGGCACAGUUCCAGCACCCAGACCUUUCAGAACCGCUGGGACGGUGGCCCUGGGUUCAAGGAUAUAUUCUUGAGGCGCAACUAUCCAGUCUACCUCUGGGAUGGGCCCAGAGUCGGACGCGCGAACUGGGGUUGUGACCCUGAUACCUAUACACCUUCUUACCGAGACCAAGGCAACUUUGCUGCGUGGAACUUUGGACCUUACUACAAGAACUGGUGGCCAGACACCCAGUUUCCGAAAGAAGACGAUGAGGCCUGGCUGCAGGCCACGCGAUCGCGCUACGUAGAGUACGACAGUGAUGAGAAUGUCGAACUGCAUUCCCACACGGCAGCAGUUGGUGCCGACUCGGGCAAACUCGGCGAGGACAUUGUGUACCUGACCAACUCGGCGUCGGGGGUUCGCGCACUGAUGACGGCGGUCAAGAGUAACACGACCAAUAUCAAGGCCAUUGUAUGUUUCGAAGGCUAUGGAUAUGUGUAUCCCGACAAUGCCAACGUCACGGCUGGCACGUCACCAUUCGGCGGCGGCUACGGUCCCUACAUUGUGCCGCUCGAAGACUUUAAGAAGCUGGCUAAGCUCACAGCCGUCCUGUUCUACUGGUCCGACCACAGGGACGAAUCCUACACCUUUUUGAAGCAGUCGCGACAGGUUGCUGCGCUCAUCAAUCUGUACGGCGGCAACGCGCACGUGGUCAAGUUGGGCGAUGACUUGGGGUUCAAGGGCAGUACUCACGUUGCAUUCGCGGAUAUGGAUAAUGAAAAGAUUGCGGACCAUCUGGAAGAUUUCUUGGACCAGAACGAUCUGACGGGCUAUGCAGGGGGGUCGGAUUCACGGUCUAAGACGAGGAGGUAA